UCAGUGAUUCCCCGUUUGGUGGAAAGAAUUCUCAAUGAAGAGACAGAUAGCACUGGGGAAGAAGGAAAACACUCUGAAAACAACAAGCAUAGUCCAUUAGCCAGGACAGCCAAAGGUGCUGCUGCAUUACUGCACAUUGCUAUUUUAAAUAAUGUGUGUGCAGUUUUAGUUAAAAAUGGAAAGUCCUGCCUCUCAAAAGAGCAUAGCAAUUCUAAUGAGAGAAAACACACACUCCAGAAUGGUGACAACAUCAGCACUAGUAAACCAGGUGGACUAGUAGAGGGGUAUCCAAGAAAUACAAGGGCUCUUGGACAUCAAGAUCCAGUAAAGGGAAGAUCUGUAGUACCUGUACCUCACACUGUAUCUGUCCCUAUCAGUAAUACUUGCCAGUUUCUUACUUUGGUUUCUAGUGGGCUUUGGGAGGUUUUGGAUUACAAUGAAGUACUUGCAUCAGCUCUAGCAACAUUCAGUCAUUCUUUGAGAAUGCAUGAAUGGUGUUCAACAAGACAUGAAAGACAUGAAGUGUUCUACUGUUCCUCCAUCAAAGACAACUUCAGUGACUCAAAUGCUAUUAAUGAUCUAGGAACUAUACAUAAAGAUGGAAUUCCUAAGCAAACUGAUGACCACAAAAAUCAAGCUAAGCCAGAACUGCCUCUUUCCAGUAACAAUGAAGUAAAUUCAAAGAACAGAGAGAUAAACCACUCUAAUUCUAGCACAUAAGGUGGCUCUGAAAAACUUAAUAUUGAGGACAGAAAAAUUUAUGCGAGUUUUCGUCCACAGUGACAGACUUCAGAGCAAGAAGAAACUGACAUUUUCUGUGCAACAGGUCCAAGUCACAGCUAUAGACCGCUACAAAAGAAUGUACAGGCAAUAAGAAAUAUGCCAUCUAAUUAUGACUCAAGUCCACAGCUGGCAGACAAAAUGGACUCCAAUGUAUUUUGUGACAAAUUCUUGAAGUGUAGCUUGAAGACAAAAAUCCACCCAUUCACUUGCAAAUCACAAGCUGCAGGAAGAGAAGUAGUCAGCUCUGACACUUACCACAACAUGACAAGCUCUGUUAGAGAACAACUGGUAAAGACUGCAUUAGCUGCAGGUUCAGGAGAUAAUACUACUACUUUGACUGUACUUCUAAAUGGAUGUAGUAAGACACCAAAUUACCUCAACAUUGAAAAAUUUAUCCUAGGAUAA